AUGAAGAAGUGUGACGCAUCAUCCGCUCGAAUCCGCGAAAAUCAACGGCGUUCUCGCACACGGCGCAAGGAGUACAUCCAGCAACUUGAGCAACAAUUAAGGUCAUUCCAAAGGCUUGGCGUAGCAGCGACACAGGAUGUUCAAAAAGCAGGAAGAAAAGUUGCGGCAGAAAAUGCUUCUCUCCGAUCCCUGCUGAUGAUCCAUGGUGUUACCAAAAUACAAAUCGAGGAAUACUUGGAAUCUCAAAGACAAACAGCGAGCUCUAUCCAAUCUCAGUAUCCAUCAGUUGUCUCCCUACCAUCAACAAACUUACACCGGCCGACGGCCGACGGCCAACCUUCUGUGGAUCACCACCAUUCUCUGUCUUCUCAAGAGGUGAACAGCACGUCGCAUCCGCCUAAAACCCUUGAGGUGAGAUCUUCGCCGCCCAGAUCCGACCCAAAGAUCAGCAUGAAUAUCUCCAAUAGACAAGAAUCAAGUGCAGGGCGAGCAGUCGAGCUCGGUUCCGUCACAGCUGAAACUGUCCCUGAUUCACAGCACUUUGGCGGUGUUCAGGAUACAGGUCAAUUUACAUCGUGCGUGACUGCAGCAAGUCUUAUCGAAUCUAUACGAAAUCAUUCAGACUUUCGUGAUGUGCGAUCCGAACUUGGAUGUGAUUCGGAACCAAAUUGUAUGGUGAAAAAUAUGUCGAUUUUCGACAUAUUGGAUAGGUGA